GCAGAUUUCGCUUUCACACACUAUCGCAUAAUUAAUCUCUUUCUAUAUAUUCGUUGUAUUUCACCACUAACCACAUGACCCAUUUCUCGACCCGUUUUCUGAUUAGCAGAUAUCUGACCCGACCCAGAAGCUUUUCGUCGUUUCUGAAGAGAACCCAUUUCAAUUCGCCGCCUGUUGCCUCGGAUUCUUCGCUUUUGAUCAAAGCUAGGGUUUUGCAUUCCAGGGCUGAAAUUAGUUCAACAAAAUCUCUGUUUUUGGGUUUAAAUUUGAGAGGAGAUCGUACAAUGGCAAGCCAGUCAUCCCAACCUCAAUCUGUUCAUGAUUUCACUGUUAAGGAUGCUAGAGGGAAUGAUGUCGAUCUGAGUACGUACAAGGGAAAAGUACUUCUAAUCGUCAAUGUUGCGUCACAAUGUGGCCUGACCAAUUCAAAUUACACUGAGUUGGCGAAAUUAUACGGCAAAUACAAGGAUCAAGGUUUGGAGAUAUUGGCAUUCCCCUGCAAUCAAUUCGGCGCACAAGAGCCUGGUAGUAAUGAAGAAAUUCAAGAAUUUGCUUGCACUCGCUUCAAGGCAGAGUACCCCAUAUUCGAUAAGGUUGAGGUGAAUGGUUCGAAUGCUACUCCACUAUACAAGUACCUGAAGUCGGUGAAAGGUGGGCUUUUUGGGGACGGUAUAAAAUGGAACUUCUCGAAAUUUCUUGUCAAUAAAGAGGGCCGUGUUGUUGACCGUUAUGCCCCCACAACUUCUCCUCUCAGCAUAGAGAAGGAUAUAAAGAAGCUUCUAGAGAAAGCCUGAGCUCUGCAUUGGUCGAUAGCUGGAAAUAAGAAACCCCAUUGAGGAGGAUAUUUCGGUCUUUUUAAAUUAUUUUCGAGGGAAUAAGCAGCAUGUCAUGUAUUUGCAUCUGUUGUGUUUAAGAUCUUUGUGCAGGUUUCGGGUGUUGUAUAUUAUUACGGAGUUCUUGUGAUUUUCGUUUCGAUUUGAUCGAGUAUGGAUGCGAAAUUUGGAAUUUUAAUUUAAAGUCACUUAUGAUAUAAAGUUAUUAUAGUAUUGAUAAUUUGAUGAGAUUUUUUUU